AUUUCCUGACUAUAAAAUAGAUUCCCACUUGUUUAUCUUUUUUAUUUUUUUUUUAUUUUACUUUCAUACUUUCUUACAUAUAUACAUAUAUAACCAUGAUGGCAGAUGAUAACUCAAUGGUUGCUCUUGCAACUCCCACUCGCUUCUUGAUUGAAAACGGAGAAUGGAAUUUGACACCAAGUCUAGACGUGCAUCAUGAAAUAAACCCUUUUGACUGUAAUUUCCAACGCACACCCAAGCCAGCAGAACUUCCUCCUCUUACAAAACCCAAUGUGUAUGAAAGCCAAAUCAUGUACACAACCUCCCCCGAACCUGAAAUGACGCUUGAGUCUAUCCACUCACCACCCACACCUCCCAUGUCAGUCAGUCAAAGUCCCAGUAGCUCGUCUUUCAGUCUCAGUUCCACUUCUUCUUCUGAUCAAGCCACGGACAAUUCAUACACACAACACUAUACAUCAAAAGUAGUCGCACCUCAUCAUACCACGCUUCAUCCUUCAUCUACACAAAACUACAUGGAAGAAUCAAAUCGUCGUAGUUCUCGUAUUCAAUCUGCCAAACAGAGCGAGAAACCUUCUUAUCCUCAGCCUCAAAAGACAAACUCAAGUGGUCGUAAAAGACGCAUUUUGUUUGAAGGUGAAGAUGCGGAGGACCGAAGAAAAAAGUUUCUUGAAAGAAAUCGUGUUGCAGCUUAUAAAUGCCGUCAAAAAAAGAAAAAUUGGAUGCUUGAACUCGAGCAAAAGGCAGAAAUCCAGAACAAUCAAAAUGAAGAACUUCGUGCUCUGGUUGCACAAUUAAAAGAAGAAAGCAUGUAUUUGCGUAAUUUGUUAUUAACUCACGGCAAUUGUGAUUGUGAAUCAGUGCAAGCCUAUCUUCGCAAGACAUCUGUCGACAUCACCAAUAAUACAUCUCCCUUGGGAUUUAGACGAGAUUCCAGUGCCAGUUUCUAUCCACCUUCCAAUUUUAACACCAUGCCUUCCUUUUCUACAACAUCAACUGGUUUGACACCAUUUCUUAAUACAGUAAUUAACAAGGAAUCUUCAGGAAAUGAGCCUAACGAUUACUUUUCCCAAUCCCAUGUAAAGUCAUAAUUAUAAAGCCCCUAAAAAAAAAGCUAUUAUGAAUCUUAUUUUUUUUAUUUUUAAACAAACGUUUCUAACCCCCCCCCUCCCACACACACACACACACACACACACACACACACACACACACACACACACACACACA